AUGGAUUCGCUGGCUCUUGCGUCCAGCAGCCAUGCGCAGACCAAGAAUGUCCCUCUUGUUUGCAACAUAUGCCCACUGAAACCUACCUUCAGCGAUCUAUCUCAUCUUCUCACUCACAUCAGCUCUAAGGCUCACCUGUCGACCUACUACAAGCUGAAGAUUCGCUCGAGCUCCGAUGAAAAUGCUCGCCAGACCGUCGAGCACUACGACAUAUGGUACGCCGAGAAUGACAUCGAGUCUUCCAUGUCGGAUCGUAUGAAGAACAAAGAGGAACGCAAGAAGAUCAAGACUGAGCCUCAUUCCAACGUCAAGGCCAUCAAGAAGGAGUCUCACUCGCCAACGCUCACUCCAUCGUCAACAUCCUACGACGACGCACCAUCGGUUUACCCUCACCCAUACGCUGCAUACGCACCCAUGUACACUUGGGCACCUCACCCUUACCUGCAUCACAGGCAGGACUCACUCUUCGAGGAAGACAAUCAGCAGAUUCCGAGUGAGCCUCCCGUCAUGCCGCGAAAGCGUAAGGUCAAGGCCGAGACGCCUCAUACAGGAGAUCUUGACGAGGAAGAUGACACCAGCAAGCUCAAGGGUGUUGUUUGGCCAGGUAUGGGCCUCUUCGACGCAGCCACUCCGGAGUUGAAGAGGAAGCGCAACCAGAAGAAAGACAUCUCUGUCAACGAACGCCUUGCCACCAUGUCUGAGGGAGUCCAGAAAGAAGAGCUGAUCUUCGAUUCGGCCGGUAGCCUCUGCAAGAAGCGUGACAUCACUGGCCACCCACAGCCCGAGGACGAUGUGCUGCCAGGCGAGGAGCUACCUUCUAGGCCACCCAAGGUCAAGCGCGCACCCCGAAAGAAGCUUGACGACAACAAAGCUCUCGAAGAGAAGAAGCCUCUAGAGGACAAGAAGCCUCUAGCAGACAAAGAUGCCAACGCCCGCAUCAAAACUGCCACUCGCGCCAAGUCCAAGAGAAGAGGUCGUAAGCAGCAAGCCGAUGCUGCUGUCACCAUCGACAUGCAGGAAGAGGAUCAUUCUCAGGAGGAGGCACGCCGCAAGAUCAAGCGCAACAAGCGCAAGAAGGUUCCCAUCGACGAAGCCGAAGAGGAGGUUGAGGCUCAGGUCGACAUGAAGGAAGCCACCUUCGAGCAGCCUGUCGUCAUGUCGCAACUCACAUCUGGAUAUCAACAGGCUCCGAUGUACGUUGCAGCAGCACCUAUGGGCUUCAGACCAGCCGAGCCCAAUUACAUGGCGGGUCAGAGUUACUAUCAAUUCCCGGCUGAGCAGAACAACCCCUUCUCGUACGACCCAAGUGCCUUGGCGACAUGGGACUACUUUGGGUACGGCAUGGGAAGCAGCAUCGCAAACCCCCUGUUCUCCGGCAUGUACGGAGGUAGUUUUGGCGAUGAUGACGACGAAGACAACGAGGGAACCAUUUCGGCACCCAUCUCGGAGUCGCAAUAG